GUCCUCUUCUGCGACACCCUCACCUUCUUCCCCUAUCAUUCUUGCUCUCUCCCAGCAAGUCUCUCCAGCCUCCUGCAGAUCCCCAAGCCAUGCCGCCUCAACGCACGCGCGCCUCCAAGCAGCCGUCCUCGCCCAAAGGCAAACGCAGGAGCGCAGCCUCGGAAGAGCAAGACAUCGGCACCUUCGCGUUCGCGCCCACCCUCACCCCCGGCACCUUCUUCGACCCGCCUGCGCCAGAAGACCCCACCGCGCCCGCAGAGUCCCUCCUCUUCCCAGACCUCGACCGCGAAGAGAGCCCGGCCCCGACGCGUUCUGGCCGCGGGGGACACGCGAAAAAGAAGCCCGAGGACCACGUCCCGCGCCCGCCCAACUCCUUCAUCCUCUUCCGCUCCGCCUUCAUCCGCAACCAGCACGUCUCCGCGACCGUCGAGACCAACCACAGCACGCUCUCGGCCAUCAUCGGGUGCACGUGGAAGGGCCUUCCGAAGAACGAGAAGGCGUUCUGGCACCGCAAGGCGAAGGAGGCCCUCGAGGAGCACAAGCGCAAAUUUCCCGGCUACACCUUCCGCCCGCUGCACAACAAGGGCAAGAGCGUGGGCAAGCGCAAGGUGCGCGAGGUCGGCCCCAAGGACCUCAUCCGCUGCCAGAAGAUCGCCGAUCUGCUCAAUCAGGGCUACAAGGGCCCCGCCCUCGAAGACGCCAUUGCAGAGUUUGACCGCAAUCACGUACCGGAAAUCGUCACCCGCUUCGAGGCCCCCAUCACAGCGGGCAGUUUCAGGCGGUCCUCCUCUGCCCCACUUCCCGAGAAUGCCAGCUCACCUUCCUUAUCCGACGAGGCCUCCGAGAAGAAGGCGCGCGCCACCAGCAGCCAGCCGGAAAUGUCUGCGAAGGGCAAGUCCAGGGAGACGCCCGCGAAGGAGGAAGCCAGGGAAUCGCUGUUCGAGUUCGAUGCGUCAGAGUCAGAAGACUCGUAUUGCACCACCACACCGUCCUCUCCUUACCCUACGACGCCAAUCACUGACGCAAACCCAUCAUUUGACUUUUCGUCGUUCUCUUUCGAAACGACAACCCCACCGCCGCAGAUGCAGCACUGCAACCCGCUCUCUGUUUCACUGUCCCCGCUCCAGACCCACUUCGACGCCCCGUACAUGUUCUCCCCCGAGCCUUCCCCGCUUGUCAGUGCAUCCCCGCACUCGCACAACGUCUUCGGCCCCCUGCAGAUCCCGUUCCAGCAGGCGCCGCAGUCGUACUACGACCAGUGGUCGCCACUGUCCAGCAUGCCCACCACACCCAGCGACGUCGCUCCGAACAUGUACGUCCCCGCACCGGCACCGUCCCCGACAAGCUUCGAGUCGCACUUCAGCUACUUCGCCCCGGCCGCGCAUGCCCCCGUCUACGGCCAGUCGGUGUACCAGCAGCUUCCCCUCGAGCACAUCCAGCAAGAGUACGCCGCCAUGCGCGCCAAGCCGAGCUUCCCGUGCUACGGCGGCCAGGGCCUCGCGCCGUUCGAGGCCGGCCACGGGCUAGCACCGUCAUACCCGCCGCCUGUCCCCACGUACGCAAUGUGAAGUUGCCGACGUCACGGGUACUCGCGCGGCGUAACGCCUCUUUGCCUCAUGUCCCCCCUCUAGCCUCGCUCCCCCUCGCACCUGGCCGGGCCCACAGCGCGAGACGUAAACUCACCUGGAUAGCUCAAAGCUUGUUUGUAUCACCGUAUGUAUUACUAUCGCCGGCGAGCGGUCUUGUUAUCUUACCUGCACACACACCAUAUCUGUUGUAUUAAUAUUCCCCCGCCCGUCUGGCCGGUCGCACAGAUGGGCGGCCACGGACGAUUUAGCACACAUUUACUCACCACUUUUUUUUGAUUACCCGUUAUUUUGUUUUGGCAACUGAGCCUUCCUUCUUGUUUAUUUACCAUAUACCUCUUGUACAUCGCUCGUCGCACGAGAAGGCGUCUAUCUCUUGCGUGCGCGCCCACGCGCAGAAUAAAGAAGGUCGGAUUAAACUUCACGGAAACGAGAGCUCGGACGCGCGCAACUUGACAAGCUUCCUUCUGUUUCGCUCUUUUUUCGAGGUCCGCUAGUCGCCCGGACGAUGCUGGAUGCCGUGGGCCGGCCAGAAGAGGAAUGCGCGGCGUGCCAGCCCCCACGCCCUUCCACACGUGCGCAGGACACGUGUGGAGUGGAUUAGCAGACCUAUCACCGAGUCUGGUGGGGUGCGUGCCAUUUCCGCACUGCGCACGCGUCCACACGUCUUCAUGAUCCCCAAACAUUGCGCAUGCAACGGUAUCUCCGAGGCCGGACGACGGGGAUGUACAAGAAACGUGCAGGGCUGCAGCUCAUCCUUUCGGCGUCGGGCGCGCACGCACAUCAUCAUGCAUCAGGGCAUCAGGGAGAAUCAGUUGACACAGGGACAAGGGCGGCCAGAAGGGUGGGUGUGUGUGCCGCAGAGGCCUCCCUCCGCGUCUCGGCGGUGCGUUACGAGAGGCGGCGUGUGCGGCCGCA